CUGCAUUUGGUGUAUAUAAGCAUCUAUCAGUCUAUCAGUCAUAGAAAUAAUUAAUUGAUUGGCAGAUAACUAGAGUUAAUGAUAUUGAAUAAACGUUAAUCAUGACCCAAAAAAGUAAAGUUAUAAAUCUCUAUAAAACUCUACUGCAUUUAGGUAAAGAUUAUCCAAAAGGUGCAGAUUAUUUUAGAACUAGGUUGAGAAUGGCUUUCGAAAAAAAUCGGGGAGAAAGUGAUCCUGACAAAAUUGAUAAAAUGAUUGCUCAUGGAAAUUUUAUUUUCACAAUGGCCGUUUGCGUUGCUGUGAUUGGAAAAGAUAAUUCUCCAAAGUACAUUAAAUGUACAGACGAAACAAAUGCUUUACAAUUUCACUAUAAAGUUCAUACUUCUAUUGAUAUUGUUGAAGAAAAGUUAAAUAUUGGAAAUAAAACUGCUGUAGAUGUAAGGGAAUUGUUUUUAGGCAUGUUAUAUUCAACAGAAGAAUAUAAAAUAUUUGGAUAUGCAACAAAUACAAAAGUUAAGUUUAUAAUAGUCUUACAAUCUUCUAAUGCUACUUUACGAGAUAAUGAAGUUAGAAUGAUGUUUAGAAAACUACAUGUAGCAUAUGCAAAUGCAGUCAGUGACCCUUUUUACAUUCCAGAAGAUCAAAUUCAAUCCAAAUCAUUUGAUGCUACGGUCAUGGAUAUUAUGGGUUUACUUUCUGAUGAACAGAAAGCUUAAAACUAUAAUAAUUGUGUAUAUUCUGUGUAUAUAAUAAGUACAAGUUUUAUUUAUUAAUUAUUCAUUUAAUUUAUGUUACUGAAAAUUAUUCAUUUUUGCAUUAUUAUAGUAUAAUUUAUACUUUCCAAAUAAUUUUCAAAGACACAUGUUAUGAGGAAAAUGUCAGAAUGCACAUAUUUUGAAACGAAGUUUUCACGAAUUGUUUUAGUUAAUUCCAAUAAUAGUACUUUAAGAAUUACUGAAUAAGUAUUAGUAUUUAGGUAUACUUUAUAUAUGUUUAUAAAUUCAUUUUUUCAUAUUUAAUAAGUUACAAAUAUUGUAAA